AUGAUUGCUAGUACAUUAAUACGUAAUUCAGUUAAUCCUGUAUGGCUUAAUGCAAAUACAACAUUAACUAAUUAUCAUCAAUCAUAUUCAACAAUUAAAAAAGAAGCUGCAACACAAACAUAUGGAAUUUAUUAUCCAAGUGCAAAAGAUAUUGAUUUAAUUAUAACACAAAAUAAAAAAUUAUUAGCUGAAAAAGAAUUGAAAGAAUAUCGUCCAAUAUUAACAUCUACAAGUCCAGGAAAAGGAUAUUGGCGACAACAAUUAAAUCAUAUUUGUGAACCACGUAUGGGUAAUAUGAUUCAUGCAACUGUACAUGAAAAUGAAUAUCAAGUAACUAUACAAACAGUAUUUCGUAAACCAGAAAAUCUUUCACAAUCACCAUUUUUUAUUAAUGAAACAAAUGAAUAUUAUCCAAUAAAUAGUGAACGAAGUUCACCAUAUUCAAAUACAAUUUAUUCUGAUAAUGAAUAUCCAAGAGAAAAAUCACAACGAACAAAAUCAACUCAUGCAUUAAUUCGAUUAUUUGAAAAAAAAAUAAUAAUUAUAAUAAAAAAAUCAUCACAUCAAAUCGAUAUAUUAAAAGAAGUUCAACGUUUAAUAAAAGAAAAAGCUGAUGUUAAUAUUAAAAAUAAAGAUGGUUAUACGAUUCUACAAUUGGCUAUACGUAAUGGAUAUUAUGAAUGUUUAGAAACACUUAUUAUAGAUGGAAAAGCUAAAUUAGAUAAAAAAGGACCACGAGGUAAUACAGCAUUACAUGAAUGUUGUUUAUUAGGACUUGAUGGUGCUGAACCAUUAAGAAUUCUUCUUAUACAUGGAGGUGAUGCAUCUUGGUUAAAUGAUAAAAAUGAAAGUGUUAUUGAUAUAGCAGCAAAACAAAAUUGUCCAGAAUUAUUACAAGCUUUUUCUAAAUAUCAAAGUGAAAAAAUGCUUAAACAACAUAUGAAAAAUUCUUAUGAUGAUCAUACAAGAAUAAAAACUAUUCAUG